AUGUGUGGGAGUUCAGACCCUAAAAAAGAUAAAGCUAUUCGGAUACUAAAUGUGACUACAAAUGCUGAAAGAGUUAUCUCUGAAGAACACCCUAUUUCAUCUCUUUCGGUUUCUGGUGACAACAAGUAUUUGAUUGUUAAUCUUAAUAGCCAAGAUAUUCAUAUGUGGGAUGUUGAAGGGUUAUGGGAAAAGCCUUUGAGAUAUAAGGUUCCAGCUACAAGUAGCAAAGGAGCUGGACCUUCUAUCUUAGAAGGUUCUUGGAAUGUACAGCUGGAAUUGGUUCGACUUAUUGCUUCUUUCAAACCUCUUAUAGCCAUUACUAAGGUUACAUACAUAAUCGGUAUGAUCAUUAAGAGCCGUCUUCUUUCGCCACUGCCUUCUCGGAAUUUAACCAUACUAGAAAGCAUGCAAGUUGCUAUGGGGAAUGUUUUGGGAGUUGUUUUUGAUGGUCAAAAUGAUGAGAAUGGGAGUGCUUCUAAUGCUCAAGUUUCUUCUUGCAGAAUUCUAGAAGGUCUACUUCAACAACUUAUUUCUUUAAAAUGGAGUGAACCUGAAUUAGUUGAGGUUCUUGGGCACUAUUUAGAGGCACUAGUACCCUUCUUGGAGUAUUAUCCAGAUGAUGUUGAAAGUGGCAUAGCAGACAUGUUAUCAUAUCUGCAAAACGAUGGUCAAUUACUUCGUGAUGAACACAAUCUUUUUGGUGAAUCAUUAAUUCUCCUUAUCGCAUAUGCACCUGGAAAUUCUACUGUUGAAUCGAUGUUGAGAUCAACAACAAAUGUUCGAUCAUGUGAACAUACGCUCAUGACUCUACGAUAUGUGGACCUGAUUGGAUUCGGGUGUUGUUGUGCAUGCAACACGUUCUGGAAAAUAGAGGAUGAUGGAGGAAUGGGCAACUUGGGUGGUGAUGCUAACACUCAUCUGUAUGUCUCCUUCACCAUUAAUCUUAUAUGA